AUGUCCACAGAAAAUGAUGGAAGCGGCGAUUCCGUCUGGGAAGACCACUUCCAUCCCCCUCGCUCCAACCACGCCCGAUCUGAAUCUACCCGCUUGCCACCCAGAAGACCUGGGGAUGGUCUCGACUACCGCCGGCCAGUGACGCUUUCGCAUGGAGAGAAUGUCGUUAUUGACUUGACAGACGAGCCGGACUCUCCCCCUCGCCGUUCGGGGCUACAGUUUCCCCAAGAUUUGAUGAACCGCACGUCCCCUCCGGCCGAUCAUCCUACUGUGAUUGAUCUCGAAGCCGAGCCAACGGUUGAUCCAGUACACUCUUCGCCAAACAGUGAUGAUGUUCAGUUUCUUGAGUCUAUUUCCGUCAGACCAAGACCAAUAGAACCCAGGUUCAUAGACAGCAAUGGUAUUCCAAUGCACUAUCCCCCAUACACACGAUCAGCGCGAGGAUCGGGACUUGGACGAUCGAGAAGAGAAGAAGAGGAUAUUAUGCUUGCUGGGCGUCGACUCUAUGAGCGAUUAGAGUCGAUGCGUGGAACGAUUCUUCUUGGAGCGCCCGAUUAUACUCAACCUAGUCAGCCACCGCCCUCGUCCCGUCGAUCAUCGUAUAAAGGGCUCAGCCCGGCCCCAGAGGGAUUCACUCGGCUUUUGGCGGAAGAUGACGUUCCUGUCUGUCCGAACUGCGAGGAAGAGUUGGGAACGGGGGAAGGGCUGAAACAACAAAUUCAUAUCGCAAAACCAUGUGGUCACGUAUAUUGUGGUGAGUGCGCUACGAAUCGGGCCAUCUCCAAGGCUAAGAAGGCAGCUUCGAAAACCAAGCCGUUCUCAAAAUGCCAAGUUGCAGGUUGCAAUAAACCUGUGAGCAGCCCGGCAGCCAUGUACCACCUUUAUCUGUGA